AGGGUCCGCCUUAGUGGUUUCUCCAGCUCCGCCCUCAGCCCCUCCAGUUUGUGCUCGGCUUCCUGUCUGUCCCCAGCACUCUGGUCUGCAGCAGCAUGGCACUCACUGUCCAUCUCUCCUGCCUCCUGGUGCUGUCAGUGGCAGGUCUAGCCCAAGGCAUCAAGGACUCCCUCCGAGUCCAGAACCCAGGUCCGAGGCCGCUAGAGCUGAAAGAGGCCUUCACGUUGUUCCAGAUCCAGUAUAACCGAAGCUACUCGAACCCAGCAGAGUAUGCUCGCCGCCUGGAUAUCUUUGCCCAAAACCUGGCCCGGGCUCAGCGGCUGCAGGAGGAGGACCUGGGCACAGCGGAGUUUGGGGUGACUGCAUUCAGUGACCUUACAGAGGAGGAGUUUGACCAGCUGUAUGGGAAUCAGAGGGCAGCUGGAAGGGCCCCCAAUAUGGACAGAAAGGUAGGAUCUGAUGAGCGGGAGGAGUCGGUUCCCGCCACCUGUGACUGGCGGAAGGCCAAUGUCAUCUCACCUGUCAAGAACCAGAAAAGCUGCUCAUGCUGCUGGGCCAUGGCGGCCGCGGGCAACAUCGAAGCCCAGUGGGGCAUUAAAACCGGACAGCCCGUGGAAGUCUCUGUGCAGGGUACGGCUGGAAGGGGGCACGUGUGCCGGGGGGGGCCUGGGGCCUCGGGCUUCGUCACCCACGCUGCCCCUUCUCCACCAGAACUACUGGACUGUGGCCGCUGCGGGGACGGCUGCAGGGGCGGCUUCGUCUGGGACGCGUUCAUAACCGUCCUCAACAACAGUGGCCUGGCUAGCGAAGAGGACUACCCAUUCCAGGGGGCGGUCAGACACAAGUGCCAGGCUAAGAAGCACCAAAAGGUGGCCUGGAUCCAGGACUUCAUCAUGCUGUCGGACAACGAGCAGAGAAUUGCCCGGUACCUGGCCACUGAGGGACCCAUCACUGUGACCAUCAACAAGAAGCUACUGCAGGGUUACACCCACGGUGUGAUCAGGGCCACAGAAACCACCUGCAACCCUGACUACGUGGACCAUGUUGUCCUGCUGGUGGGUUUUGGUAAGACCAAGUCACCGGAGGGGAGGCAGGCAAAGGACGCCUCAUCCCGUCCUCACCGUCACUCCACCCCAUACUGGAUCCUCAAGAACUCCUGGGGGCCCGCAUGGGGUGAAAAGGGUUAUUUCCGGCUGCACCGAGGGAGCAAUGCCUGUGGUAUCACCAAGUACCCGAUUACUGCCCGCGUGGCUCUUCCAGCUAAGAAGCCGCAUCAGGUCUCCUGCCCACCCUGAAUCCGCCCAGUGCCGCUCUCGCCUGCUACGCCUGCUGCCUCCUCGCUGGCCACCCCCAAAGUCUCCUCCUGCCCUCCCAACCCUCUUGCUAUUGGCUCAUUAAACAAAGCAAGAUCCUGUGUUCUCAGUGGACUCAGCUGA